AUGCUGUCAGAUUCAGAAGAAGAACUUUACGAAGCACCAGAUUUCAUCAGGCCAGAGUUUUUGGAAGAAGAUGUGAAAUCAACUAGAAGCAGUUCUAAACAGCACUGUAGCAGAAUUGAUGCUUUGUUGGCUGAGCAUAGAGAGGCCGAAAAGCAGCAGAUUUUGAGAGAUCAGCUGUUGGCUGAAAGAGAAAGUGGUUGUGAAGAAAUAUCCAAAGUACUAGCAGACAAAGAUAUCAUGCCAGAACACACAGAUGUUAUAGAAAAAAUGAAGGUGAAGUCAAUCAAAGUGAAAACGGUUCAGCCAGGACUUCCGAUUUUCAACAUAGACAACUUUUGCUGUCUGUUUUCUGAUAACAUCACACCUCUUAACUAUUUGAAAAAUGCAGACUCAGUCUCUAACAACAGAUGGUCCAAGUUUUCCUUAGAUGAUCUGGAUGUGCUAACAGCCCAAAAUUUGCCUAGCAUUAUGACUUCUUCCAGUUUUAGUGCAGUCGUUCAGUGGCUAUUUGAUUUAUUGUCCAUUCACCAGUGUUCUCGGACAGCAGUUACUAUAGAGACCACAUUAAAUGCAGCUCUGAGUCGUCAUUAUCUAUCAAGAAAUGUAGAGUACUGUUGGAAGUUAUCUGCUCUUGAUUUGCUCCGCCUGCUUGUCAACUUGGUCGAGGAUUCGACUCUGCAUCGCCCACAAGAAAGGGGAGUGAGCAGUGAGAGGUUCCGGGCUGUUCUGUGUGUUCUUAGUGUUGCCUUGCAGGGCAGAUCGCUGAUUGCUAAAGAAGAUUUGAACCUCAUGCUCUACAUGCUGGCUAAGGCUGCUCUAGAUCAUUCACUAGACAGGACACUCAGUGCAAAUUUCCGUCACUGUUUUCUAGCUAUCAUUAACCACUACAGUGAAAGUGACUGGCCAUCUGUUGUGCCAGAGUUGUGCAGGCGGCUGAGCAAGGUGACUGACCAUCAUCACAACCAAGCCUACCUAGCCAGUAUAAUCUGUUCGCAACCUAGAGCAAGCUACUUACAAAUGCUGCUGAGUUAUGUUUUCUUGUAUAAUCUUCUGAUGUGUAAGCCACUUAAACUGGAGGACUCUAAACUGUUGCAGCUACAGCUCAUGGAUGUGAUAGAGCUAGGUGUACCUGUACAGAGAGGUCAGCCCUCCACGCUGGUAGUGAAGCUGCAUCAUCUGGUGAAGAAGGAUCUCUACAAGACAUACUCCGUUUUGAAACUGCUAGAAAUGUCUAUUGGAGACAUCACAAGCAUAGCAGCUGCACAGAAGAAGCAUUUGGAAUAUCUCCUGAAUCAGAUGAACCAUAUACUGGAAACAAUCAGAGACAGAGUUCAUGAGCUGGACUUGUCCACGGUCAAGGACAAGCUGUAUGAUCUGACUGUCAAGUGGUCAGUGGCUUUGCAGCACCAACGAAUGAAUGAGGGGAGCAUCUUUUCCUGGGCAACAGCUACAAACCACCAGAGGGUUCAGGCAGAAAUCUUGAUAGACAGAAAGGAAAACACCAUGACGGACAGAGGGGAUGAUUGA